AUGUAUAUUUCGAAUAUAUUGGCUAUAACUUUGUUUACUAUCCUUCAUUCGAUAAAUUCAACGUCAAAAACAUCGAUAAAAGUGAAAACACCUAAAGUGGCACCGGACAAGUUCUGCAAACUCGCAAAACAAUACAAUUUAAACUGCACCAGGUAUAAUGUGACAACCCAAGAUGGCUACAUCUUGGGCGUGUAUAACAUCCCGGGCAAAAAACCAACGCCGAUAUACUUACAACACGGGUUCGUGGACUCAUCAGACACCUUCCUAAUACGAGGGUACGUAUCAUUAGUUGCUUUUCUAGCAGAGGAAGGAUAUGACGUAUGGCUGGGGAAUAUGAGAGGAAACGUUCACUCAAGAGCCCAUCUUUGGAUGAACCCUGAUGAACUACCGUUCUGGGAGUUCAGCUUACAUGAAAUAGCAAUUCAAGAUAUGCCUAGUAUUAUUGAUUUUAUUCUGAAAAAGACGGGCGAAAAUCAACUCCAAGCUAUUACGCACUCUGAAGGUUCAGCGGCGUUUUUUGCCAUGGGAGCUGUGAACCCUGAGUACAAUAAAAAGGUAAAACUACUUAUAUGUUUGGCACCCAUAGCGUACCUUCAUAACGCCGAAUCGCCAUUAUUCCAGUUAGUAGCCUUCAAAAAGUCUUUAUUUAACCCAGGGAAAGUCUCUGGCUAUGGGGAACUGAUGAGGAAUUCCUCUGCCCUCGUUGCUUUAAUAAGAGUCACGUGUAUGCAGAAGAUGGUCGGAUACUCGCGUUGUGUCAACAGUUUUAUUAUUGAUAUAUUUGGACGAGCUCACAGGCAACCUGAACCCGAGUUCUGGCCUACCGGCUUAAAACAUUAUCCAUGUGGAUCAUCCUUAAAGAAUGGAAUACAUCUUCUACAAAUUGCUUCCUCAAAGAAGUUUGCCCAGUUUGACUAUGGUCCUUCGGGGAAUAAGAUCAAAUAUCAUUCUAGAGACCCUCCUAAGUAUAAUCUCAAUAAGGUUAGUAUGAAAAUUGCUUUGAUGAUUGGGAUGUCGGACAAUUUGUCUGUCGAAAAGGACGUAGAGAUACUGAGAGGCAAGUUACCCAAUGUGGUGGACUAUCAUGUGAUGAGUUUGAAGAGUUGGGAUCAUUUAGAUUUCGUGUGGGGAAGGUACAUGAAUAUACACUUGUUUAGGUAUAUAAAGGACCUAUUGAUAAAACAUUCAUAG